AUGCGUCUCAGUCCUCUCCUCUGGGCAGUUGCCCUUGGUGUAGUUAAAGCCAAUUCCCUACAUCGCCAUCGAGGAACAGAUGACUCCCAAAACUCCACCGUGAGCGGGACCAAGAAGUUUAUCAUUGAAGCCGAGCCCGGUGUUGCUCUUACAGACUUGUCUCGGAAGAUCGAGGCUACCGGAGCGAAGAUUCUAAAGUCGUUUAACAGCGAAAUCUUCUCUGGGUUGAGUAUAGAAUCCGAAGAUGACAACCUUGACACGUUGCAGACCGUUCAAGAGGUUGCUCAAGCGUGGCCAGUAAAGACAUACAGGCUUUCACCUGUUACGCCACAGGCCUCUUUUAGUGACGAUGCCACUGCGCAGAACUGGUCCAUUCAUUAUUCCACAGGGGUUGACAAAGUCCAUCAAUCUGGGGUCUUUGGGAAAGGUGUAAAGGUUGCAGUAAUUGACUCUGGCGUCGAUUAUAAUCAUCCAGCACUCGGCGGAGGAUUUGGCCCUGGGUUCAAAGUAUCAGGCGGAUAUGACCUCGUUGGUCAAGAAUACGACGGAUCCAACGACAAAAUCCCUGAUGAAGACCCUCUUGAUGCGUUAGGUCAUGGUACCCAUGUGGCAGGAAUUAUCGCUGGUAAAAGUGAUUUCUACGCUGGUGUUGCUCCAGAGGCAGAAAUUCUCGCCUUCAAGGUCUUUGGUGCAGUCGACGGCACUGACGAAGAUACCCUGAUUGAUGCAACCAUCAUGGCCUAUGAAUCUGGAGCAGAUAUCAUUACAGCGAGUAUUGGUCGUGCAGCUGGUUUCUCCGAUGGUCCUUGGGCAACAGUAGCCUCCAGAAUUGUCGAGCAAGGCGUUGUAGUCACCAUAGCCGCCGGUAACGACGGAGAUGAAGGGCCAUUCUACGCCAGCAGUGGUUCAUCUGGCAAGGAAGUUUUGGCAGUGGCCUCAGUCGACACAAGUCGGGUUCCUUCUAAGCCGUGGCACGCAACAUUUAAUCUUGACGGCAAAUCGAAUAGGACGCAGCUUGCGUAUAUUCCACCCGUCAACAGACCUGCGUGGAACGUCAGUGGCCUACCGAUUGUGCCUCUCUCCUUCGACACAAAGAUUACAGGUGAAGCAUGCAGCCCGCUUCCUGACACGACGCCAGAUCUCUCCAAUGUGAUAGUUUUGAUUCGGCGAGGAUCAUGCACCCCUUACGUCAAACAAACGAAUGUCGAAAAGUUCGGCGCACAAUAUGUGUUGUUCUACAAUGACGACUACCGUCCAUUCGAAUUGGUGGCUAACUCCGCCUACAAGUCGCAAAUGGCCCUAAUCGACGCAAAAGCUGGUGCAGCAAUCAUUGAAACGAUCAAAGCUGGCGGGAAUGUGACGGCGGAUUUCACGAAUCCUGAUGAUCCCAACUGGGCGGUUGGGUUCUUCGAUGCGGCUGGUGGUAUUCCUUCGCAGUAUUCAAGCUGGGGAGGAACCUAUGAGCUUGAAAUCAAACCCGACAUUGCCGCGCCGGGGGCCAAUAUCUACAGCACAUAUCUCGGUAAGACUUGGAAAGUCCUUAGCGGUACGUCCAUGGCGACACCUUAUGUUGCUGGAGUGGCGGCGCUCUAUAUAAGCAAACAUGGUGGACGAUCUGUGCAUGGCAAAGGAUUUGCCAAAGAGCUAUCCAAGCGUAUUAUCUCCAGUGGCGAAUCCCUCCCUUGGCAAGUGAUUGAACCUCAAGCCUUGCCGGUCGAUUUUGGAUAUUUUGCCCCUGUGACACAAGUGGGAAACGGACUUAUCAACGCCACAAAGUUAUUGGAGUCCACAACCUUUCUAUCAUUUGACAAAAUCGCUCUGAAUGACACCGGGUCAUUCAGUCGAUAUCAUAAGGUCAACAUCACCAAUAGUGGCGAUCAACCGGUAACUUAUAGCUUCUCAUUGCAGCCUGCAGGAGGCUUCAACGCGCAGGGACGCACGCCCCGGCUACUUGCGGACGUUCUUGACAUUAAGCCUAUCGGCCUUGUCCCGGAAGUCGGGUUUCCUUCUGGGACUUUCAAAGUCAAUCCUGGGGAAACCAAGCAGGCACAAUUCAACUUCAUGUUUCCCAAAGUUGAUGAUGAAUCCAAGUUGCCGAUCUACAGCGGUAAAGUUCUUAUCAGUAGCAGCAAAGAUGAAACUCUCUCCAUUCCAUACUUAGGGGCGGCAUUUAACUUAAAGGUUCAAAUGAGGGGCAAGAUGUUCCCUGACGGAUACCCAAUACAAAGAUCCGGUCCCAACGGCCAGGAUAUCAAAACAUAUCACACUUAUGGUUUCAAUACCAGCCGAGUCGCUCAAGACUUUCCCAAGGUUUACACCCAGCUCAAAUGGGGAACCAAAGAGCUGCGUUGGGAUAUAUUCGACGCGGAAUAUACAGAAAACCUUUGGAAAUACCCUCCUGUCGUAGGGCAGGAUGGUUACAUUGGUGCAGUUGCCUAUUCUACAUAUUCCGUCAGAGCAACCACCUUUGACCCUGCGACUAUGGACAAAGAGAAAGUGCUGCCAUUCCCGAUUUGGGGAGUGGAGCGAACGACAUCUUGGAGUGAGCUGACUGACCGGUUUUGGUGGUUCGGAAAGAUGGCGAACGGAAGCUACAUUGCUCCAGGAAACUAUACAAUGCGCUUUGCUGCGCUCACACCAUUUAGCAAUCCUGCGCACUCAGACAAUUGGCAUAUCUGGUCAACGCCCCAAGUUACUAUCUUGCCCUAUAGCCCAUGA